AUGUCUGAAAAGCCACCUUUUGCAAAAGUUAUUUUUCUUGGCAGCUCAGGUGUUGGAAAAUCAGCUGUAAUAGAGCGUCUAAUGCAUGAUGAUUUUAAGCAUACUUGCAGACCAACUAUAAGUGCAGGCUUUCAAACACAAGAAGUAACUCUUCUCGAUGAAAAAAUUAAUCUUCAAUUAUGAGAUACUGCAGGACAAGAACGCUUUUUUUGUCUAUCCUCAAUGUUUUUUAGAAACACAGACUGUUGUGUAUUAACUUACGAUAUAUCCAAUUUAAAAACGUUCUACGAGGCUAAAGAAUGGAAAAGGAAAUUUAUUGAAAGUGGGUUUCCAGAAAACAUUGAAGAAUUCCCUUUUGUGUUAAUAGGAAAUAAACAUGACAUGAGAGCGGCUAGGAAAACAAAUAAAUCUGAUGCAGCUGAUUGAGCAAGAGCUGAAGGCAUGGCUUAUAGAGAAGUUUCUGCAAUGACUGGAGAAGGAUUUGAAGGAUUACUGGAAAAAAUUGCUGAAUUGUCAUGAAGAUAUGCAAUAAAAAGACAAAAACUGAGAAAUAUUGAAGAAGGCAAUGAAGCUAUCGAGAUCACAAAUAAGGAAGAGCCUACUCAAAAGAAAGGGUGCUGCAUUAUAUGGUAG